UAUUAUGCAAAUUUGUCGGGCAUGAGUGUAGUACGGAAUGCAGGCGAAUACUUUGAACUGUUGCAUGACACUUGCAAUGGCGCACAAAAGCAGCGCGACAGCAAUUAAAUGCUGUCACAACGAUGAAGCGAUAACGGUUAACAGCGCACACAUUUUUUAUUUUUUUCGAUAUAAAAAUAUGAAUAAAAUAUUUUGUAAAAUUUAUUUACUCAAAAAGACAUAAAUAAAUAUUUCAAAAUUGCAUUUGGCUUGCGGCAGCCGAAGCGCGCUGAAGGAAUGCUUUGCAAACGGAACGCUAACACUCAAAAUAAUACAAAAUGAAGUUCGAAAACCCAUCGUGUCCAACUAGAAGUUUCGGAGUUCUAGCGAUAUGCUGGAGCUUGAUGCAGCUAAUGACAGUGACAGCAGCGCCACAGAACUACUUCGAGCAGGCGGCCGCUGGCGCACUAGGUGUGGCUAUGAAAUUCGGUGAGGUCUUACAGAAUGGUGCCGCGGCGCGCAACGAAAUCGGCUUCCAACUGCCCGCUGGUAUUGGCAUGCGCUCAAAGACCGAAAUCGGUAUGGGCGAGGCGAUGAUACAACGUCGCUAUAGCAGCGAGGAGGAUUCAGAUGAGUAUGGUCGGCGUCGUAAGCGUUCGCUCACCAGCGGCGAGGUGCCUGCCGAUGUAGCGGCAACUGGACCACGGACUUCGUUCACCAAACUUAUGCGCAAUAUCAAUGCGCCAUGUCAUAGUGGUGGCGGUACCGGUGGUGGUGGCACAGGUGGCGGUGCUGAUGGUGGUGAUGGUGCUGAGGAUAUUGUGGAUGAAGCGCGUCGGCGCAUGAAGGCGCGUAGAGCUGCGGCCGGUAAGAAGAGCACUACCGGGAACUCGAAGAAGCGUAGUGGACGUCGCCGGCGACAAACGGAAGCUGCCGAUCUCGAGGGUUUGGGUGAGAGUGAAGAAGCGGCGCUUGGAGAGGAAUUUCGUGCGCAUAUGCAGCAAUUCGCUGAGAAAAUGAAUCGUGUGUAUGAGCAUAUUGCCGCGUCAGUAAUGGACGCAAUGAAACGCAUGGAGGACAAUUUCUAUGCAGAAAAUGAGAAGUCGUAAGGUGUGGUAGUGGAUAAUGUUUUGGUUGUAGGCAUAUUAUUAUUUUUUUUUUGGAUAUACACUGUUCUGUUUUUUAGGUAAUUAAUCAAGUAGUAUUGUAUAAAUAAAUGUAUUAUAUAUGAAAGCUCUAAAAAA